UGACCUUUGGAAAAGGCGAAACAGCACUGAGAUAAAGUGUCUUUCAGCUAGUUUUUAAGUCUUCGAUUGACACUGAGAGUCUAUUGCAGGAAAAUGAUAAACCUCUUACAGUGGAGAGCCAGCAUUGGAAUGUGGAAUCUUUGUCAAGUUACAACUGUUCCUAGCUGUUGUAGUGGAAAUAAGGGAAACUCUAGAGAGGGCAGCAAAACAAGAUCCAGCAACAGAUGUACUAGGAAUAUUUUUGGCAGCUUUGUAGGAUGUAACUUAUUGUGUUCUUUCCUCAUUAUUAUUAUGAUAUUAUCAGGAGAUAUUGAACUGAACCCUGGUCCAGUAACAGACAGUCCAAAUAAUAUAUUAAGAAAAAACUAUGUUGACCUCACUGAGGCCAUCACUGCCAACCUUUGCAUCAUAGCCUACACAUUGUACGCUAAAGAAUUGAUAUCAUUUGAAACUCUUAAUUACAUACUAACUACUACUGGAGUAUCUCAUUUACAAAAAGCUGGCUACUUAGUGUCUAAAUUACAGGCACAGUUAAACUCAUUUCCUAACCCAGAAGAUGAGAAGUACUAUUUGGUUAAUGUCUGCCAUGCAUUUAAAUUGACCAGUGAUAAAUUUUGCUCAUCAGCUCGAAUUGCUUCCUGUAUGCUACAACAAUUAGGUCAAGGCCAGCAAAUUGCCACAGAUCUACUACCAAAUGAAGUUCACAAAUACGCUGAGAUUAUGAAACAGGAAUACAAAGUUCAGCCUGUUGUUGUUUCUGACUGGCCACCGAAGAUUGAACAAGACUAUUUUGGUAGAUUAGUUAUAGUAGAGAAGGAAUCUUCAAGCAUAAAAUCAGGAAAUAAAAUGUCAGCAUGGCACAUGCUAAGAGGACAAAUAGAUAUGAUUCCUACGUUUUCAGGAUACAUAGAGGUAACUGUUGAAAAUGAUAUCCUUUGUCCAAACAGUUCUUCGCCUGUCCGAGUACUAAUAGAUGGUCCUCCUGGUAUCGGAAAGACAACACUCUGUCAUAAGCUUUUGAAAAUGUGGUCUGAUGGAGAACUCAUUCAACAUUAUGAUCUGAUACUUUAUUGCCCGUUGAGAAAUGAAAAAAUAGCUACAGCUCAAACAUUUGCAGGCCUUUUUGAAAAUGAAUGUCAUGAAGUUGUCAUGGUAAGUAAGUGGUUUGAGGAAGAAAAUGGAAAAGGAUUACUAAUAAUAUUGGAUAGAUGGGAUGAAUUAAAUUUAGAGCUACAAAAGUCAUCAUUAGUAACUAGCAUCAUUAAAAGAAAGCGUUUAUGCAAAAGUUCAGUAGUUGUUACAUCUCGUAGCCAUGCCUCAUCAAAACUGUCAAGAAUCACUUCUUUUAACAAGCAUUUCCAGGUAAUUGGGUUCUCUGAGGAAGAAAUAUCUAGAGUAAUAAUACAAACACUUCAAAAAGAUAGUGAAAAAGCAAAAAAAAUUCUUAAAAAAAUUAUCAUUGAUCUAACAGAUUAUGAAGAAGGAUAUGAUGUUGUUAAUGUGUAUCCUUGCAAUUUUGAACUAGUGCACACAGACGAUCCAAAUGAAAAUUCACAACUAGCUGUAAAGCUCAUCAAUGACCUUAAAAUAAGAAAAGAUGUCCAAUCACUGUGUUAUGUGCCACUAGUUUGUUCUAUGGUCAUUUUAGUUUAUUGUAAAAAUGAAGGGCAUUUGCCAACAUCACUCACAGAAUUGUACAAUAAUUUUAUCUUACAAACUAUCAGAAAGCAUGUAGAAAAAAAGUCGAUGGAUGAGAUCGAUCCUUAUUCGCUAGAUAAUCUUUCUUCAUUGCCAACACAGUUACUCAUUCCUUUUAAAGAGCUAUGUCAUUUAGCCUAUACUGGCCUGGCUGAAACAAAAAUGACAUUCGCUUCAAGUUACCUACGGCAGUUAGCAAAUGAGGCAGUAAAAGAAGAAUACCUUGGAUUGAUAACAACAUUUAGAGAAUACGAUGAAGAAAUACAUCAGUUCAUUCAUUUAACCAUUCAAGAAUUUCUAGCUGCAUGGUGGAUUGUUCAAUUUGAGACUGACACAGAAAAGGUAUUUAAAAAUCAUUUUAAUGAUGAUCACUUUCAAAUGUGUUUGAGAUUUGUGGCAGGUCUCAGUCAUCUUGAGCAUGAAAGCUAUCAAAAAUAUUUUAGAAAUGUAAAAUAUGAUUUACAGUGCAGAAGAAAUGCACUGUUUAGAUUUGAAGCAUGUAAAAGCUUUAGUUUUUACAAUAGCAGUUCUCCUGAUUCAGAAUGCAAGACUUUUCUUUGUGAGAAAAAUGAUGAAAUUAUUCUACUUCUUCAACUCUUAUACGAGUCACAGAAUCAAAAAUUAUGCCGCAUCUUUUCACAAUCAUUUACCAACCACUCAAUAUGUUUAAAGCGCUUGAAUAACAUAUCCCGUUUUGACUGGUUGUGCUUCAGCUACCUUAUAAACAAUUCUCAAAUAAAAUGGAACUGUUUACAUCUCGAAAAGUAUUCCCUUGGGUGCAUCAUAAUAUCAAUUUUCACUGAUGAGCUAACCAACAAUUCUCAACCAACACCACCUCAUUGUGAAAGGCUAGAUGUAUUUUUAAAUCAGCCCACUGAUCAAUUAGUACUUACUUUACUAAAACCACUACCAAUACAAAAUAUACAAGAGUGCUAUUACAACUUUUAUAUGGGUAAGUAUACCCCUUCGUAUGCACUGCUACAAUUUUUGUGCCUACCUCAAAUAAAAAUACUACAUAUCAAAACACAAUGUUUUUCUCAAUCUGAUGAUGCAAAAUACACUGACAUGUGCAGUGAACAAAUAAAGCAGCACAAAACACUAAAAGAAAUGAAUUUAAACUGUUGUCAAGUGAGCCUUGUCAUUAGCAUCAUAAAAGGGCUAGCUUAUAACGAAACUAUCAAGUCAUUCACAGCAUAUGAGUCAAGCAAUUCAAUUGGUAUAAUUUUUAAAACUAGUAAUACACUUCAUUUUUUGUCUGCAGACGCAUUUGAAGAAUUGCUGCAAAGCAAUAAAACAUUACAAUCACUUUCAUUGCACAUGCUUGGUUAUAAAUUACCACCACUGGAGGUACAAGACAUUGACAUGCAAUUGAAAGCACUAGAAAUAGAUGCAACUGUGUCACCACUCCUUCCACACAUAAAGGGACUGCGUUGUUUGAUACUACCAAUAUGUUAUUCACCACAACUAAUAUUUGACUCUCAUCCCAAGAUAUGACAACUAACAGUACCGAUAGACACAGCUGAACAUGCUAUUGAACUCUUUAGUAUUCUUCAAACCAAUAAUACACUGAAGUUUCUAAGUGUAAAAAUAGGUGACAAAAGUGUAUUUACCAGCAGUAUGGGUGCUUGUCUACAAGAAAUGUUAAAACAAAAUAAAAAAAUUCAACUUCAAGCUGCAAGGAUAAGAAAGAGUCCUUUAUUCCAAUAAACUAAAUAUUUUUAUCCUCUCUAUUAGCAGGUCUCAGGCAGAAUAAUGGGAUAGCACAACUCAGUUUACCAAUUGAACUUGAUGCAACUACAAACAAACAGAUAAAAGCUCUGUUUGAUGUCACUUCUAAAAUGAGUCAUUUAAAUGAGAUUCAGAUGUACUUCACACUGGACAAUAAUGAUACAGACAAAAUGUCAGAACUAUUUUUAGUGUUCUAUGUGCAAUGCCUACCUAUCAGUAACAUGCUACAAUCAGACACAGCCAUCAAGCUAAUGAAAAUAGUGUGCAAUAUUGAUAGUUCAAAUGAAACAACAAAACCUGAAUAUUUAUUUUCUUUAGGGACUUUUUCUGAAGCUGUUUUACUGAACUGUUCACUUGAAUAUAUAAGAAUUGACAUUGAUAUGUUUGUAUCAAUUUUACUGAAAGAAAUCAUCAAUGUAAUGAAAGAUACCAUGAAAGAAAGGGAAGAUUCAAGACAAUUGCCAAUAAUAGAACUAAAUGUAGGUACAAUUUGACACAGAAAAUUGUAUCUUGCUACACUUGUACAUAUAGUCUAUACAAAGUAAUGUCAUGUUUAUUGCUACUAUAUUUUGUACUUUCUAAUUAGCC